AUGACCGGGGUUACUUGGGAAUGCCUUGUUAAUGAGGGCAUGCACGCGGGCAACCGGAGUGUGGUGCUGGUCAAUGAGGCUUUCAUUCGUGCCCGACACGAGAUAGACGAUCUUCGGGGCCAACUCGAUGCUCAGGGCCGAGAGACAGAAAAAUAUCAACACCUUCUUCGAGAGAAGGAAGAAGAAUUAAACCGGGCGGUCAUGCUGGCCAACCUCCACCCCGAGCUUGAUGCGGUUAAGGACGAAAACCGUCGAUUGAAGAGUGAUCUGGCCGCCAUGACUGAUUACAAUCGGAGCCUCGAGGCCGAGAAGAUCGGCCUUCGCAGGGAUAAAACCCAAUUUUCUUUGCGGUUAGAUGAACUCGAGACCACGGUUUCCCAACUUCGGGGAGAACUUGACUCGGUGAAGGCUGAUGCUACGGGCUUGACGGAGAGGAACCGGCAGCUUGAGUCCGAGGCUGCUUUGUUCAACGAGCGCAGCAGGGUGCUCGAAGAGAAAGUCGAGGAGCGGGCUCGGUUAUGCGAGGGCCUUAGAACUGAGCUUGAGGAGGCGAUUAACGCUAAUGAUACCUUUAAGGCCGAGCUGAAUGCGGCCAAUCUUACGAGGGAUGAUCUUGAGAGGAACCGAGCUCAUUUGGAAACCAAACUGGCCAGGACUGAGGCCGAUUUGGAGGAAGCUUGGAAAAGUGUGGAGGCGCCUUGGCUAGCAAAGUUUUUGAUGUGGCAGCCCCCCUUUGGGGAUUUUGUCAAAGUUUGGCCAGUUGCCUUUGAUUUUGCAAAACGUUUGUUCAUAUGA